CCAUGUCCGGAUUCGUUCUUCGACUUUCUUUGGCCUCCACUUCAGCUUCAUCCUUCGCGCCCUCUUCGCCUAUUACUUUGGUCUUUCAACAAUCUUAAACAUCAUUUAGAUACUACAACAGCGCCUGAAUCCCCUUACGCAACUCCUGGAUACCGCCUCGUCGCACCGUGUCCCUCCUCGUCUCUCCAAGCACGCGCCCGCGAUGGAUUUGCGCUCGAUGUUGAACAGCGACACUGCUGGCAAUGCCAACAAUCCUCCUCCACCGGAACCCCAGCAAUCGCCAUUGGCGCAAACCACACGAAAGCCAUCCGAUGCAGUCUACAGCCCGCACGAACAGGUCCCCGCCGCGGCGCCCGCUUCCUCCGCCUCCUAUCCGGCCGGUUUCCCCGGAGCAUCAAUGCAGCGGCCUCAUGUUUCUCCCGAACGCUCUUCCUCCUACGGCUCGCUGCAGUCUCCUUAUCAACAUCAACCUACCUCUGGUCGCUCGGCUGGCUCGCAAGCUGCUCGAGGUCAGAGCCCACAACCAGGCCACUACGGUUCUUCACGUGAUUCCUCCUUCAAUCCCCCUCAGCAGCGCUCGCAAUCCAUUCAAUCGGUUUUGUCCCACGACACGCCCAUGACUCACGCAUCUCACCCUAAAGAAAGUCCCUCAACCGCCGGCAUUGCGCCUGGAUAUGCCUCCCAGCAAUUUUCACCGCCAGGGCCCGGAUCUCUGCCUGGUACGCCACGCGGGUCGACUGCUGCCUAUGCUCAACCAUCACCUUCCUCAGCUGCGCGCCCGUCGUCUUCAGGCCAAGACACGCGCUCAAACCGCGCCUCCAGCCCCUGGGUCGGCCAGGAGGCAUCGAUGCAAAUGUCACCUACUGCGAUGCCCCGUUUGUCGCGUCCCCGAGACCAGACCCCGCGGCCGUACCCUGGUACCAGUGACCGACGCGGCUCAGAAGAUAGUGUGAGUCCCAAGACCACGCGGGCGCCCAGCUAUCCAGAUUCGGCCGUACCCACCCAGACCACCCCUCGCGAGAAUGGAAUGGCCGUUGCAGAGGCGCAUGGUUACUCCAGUCCACACGAGCCUCCGAAACGGAAGCGUCGUCGCUUCGAUGCACCCCCGAUCUAUGCCAUGCGGCCGGAACGUACCAAGGGUCGCGGCCCUAUCAUCCCGAAUCCCCUUCCUCCCAUUCCCAAGCACUCCCGCGAUAGCCCGGACAAUGCUUGGAUUUUGCGACAGCGGGCUGCUUCGGCUGCUCAGGGUCCCGCACACGCCGCUGCCGUACCCGUAUCCAUUAAAGCUUCGAACGAUACCCCGCCCAGCAAGACGACGGCUCCGGCCCCCCGUGCGCCUUCCGCUGCGGCCGAGCCGCAACAGCCUGGGAGUUUGGGACCGUGGGAGCCAUCCAUCACCGGAGAAUUCCCUUCCGAGGACAUCACAAGACUUGUGUGCGACUUUCUCUUUAGGCAUGUCGUGGUCCGCAACGACGCCAUCGCAGCUCCAGCGGGAGCAGCAGCAGCCGGGUCGGCGGCCAUCAUUGAGGUGGAGGCCAAACUGGGCCAGCUCAUUGACAUGGACCGCGGAGAUCGGGUUCAGCUGCCCAUUCUGUCCGAGACAGUCAUGAACAAACAGUUCCCACGCUUUCGCACGGCAUUUGAAAGCAGCAUGACAGUGGCCCAACAUCAAGCGAUGAACAAUUUCCUCAAUGAAGCCGUCAAAAGGUCCCUGGAUCAGGCCGACCGACCGCGCAUCCCCAUUUCAUAUGCCCACAAGAAAGAGCGCGACACUUUCUAUGAAGUAUCCCCGAAUGAACUGCCCCCGGUAAUCCGACAAAACCUGAACCCGCGCCACAAGCCCAAGGUCCGCGUGACCGUGGACCAAAGAACCAACGAGGUCCUCGCCAAGAUCGUCAAAUGCCGCAUCGCCGACCUGGACAUCCACAGCCCGCAAACCUGCGUCGACUGGCGCAUCAGCGUCAACCUCGAAAUGAACUACGACGGCGACGUGAGCCAGCUCACUGAGGUCGAUCCGGCGCGGGGUCGCGGAGGGGAUCGCAACAAAGACCGGAUGAGCUACCGCCAUCUCGCCUACCAGAUCGAUCUCACCCAGGUGGCCAAAUCUGAUUCCGCAAAAGGCGAGUUUGAGCACGAACUCGAGGUCGAAGUCUCGGCGGCCGAGAUCCGUCGCCAGGGCCAGAUGGCCAUGAACCAGGAGCCACAUCAGUACGAGGACCUCGUCAAGGGGUUCCUGGAUAACGUCCGUGUUCUGGCCCGUCAAGUACCUCCUUGACUUAACUACCUCCAUUGACUCUUCUUCUUUUUCGCGUAUUCCCCCCUUUACCUUUAACUUCUCGCCCUUUUCUCCCUUCCUCGGUCGGUCACAAAGUCCCCCCCCCCCAUCUGAUGUGCAUAUAACGAACCUACACAUUUGCAUCCGGAACUUCUUGAUCCCCCGUGUUUCUGUUUCACAAAGUCGAAGAAGAGAGUUUUACAUUACUUUCUGAUGGAAAUGAACAUGCGUGUAUUAUUCUUCUUUAUAGCAACCUUGUUUUGUUUUUUUGCUUUGUUCGGGUCGGCCUUCUCUUUAUUUUUCUGUCCAGUGUAUACCAGAUGUAUCAUAUAUAGCUUCCU